UCUCUCUGUCGGCAGGGUCUGUUUACAGGAAGGUCAGAUGAUCUGCUUUUAGUAUCGAAUCAACAACAAAGCAGCAGGGAUCAGAUCUUCACCCUCAGAGUCAGAAUGGUCUUCCAGGUCAUCAUUAAGUUUCGUGGUACAAGACCUCUCACAGUGGCACCGACUGAGGCGCAGGCGAUGGGAACUACAGUCAGAGAAUUAAAGGACUUAGUUAAGAACAUAUUUCCAGAAGCGCCAGGUCCUGACAGGAUAAGGAUGGUCUUUGGGGGCCAGCAUUUAGAGGAUGUUCGGACACUUGGAUUUUAUCAUAUAAAACACUUGUCUGUAAUCGUCAUUGUGAUUCGGCUGCCUGGUGGAGGUGAACCACAAACCCCAGAUUCUGCUGAUUCUGACACGGACAGAGAUAAACCUCCAGAAGAACCACCGAAACGGAGACGUAGCUUUGAACUGCAUGGUUAUCCAAAUAUGAGAAAGUGAUGUGUCGUGUAAACAGUCUAACAUUGAAGAGUGAAGAGUGAAGAGCAGUUGAUGAACGGCUGAGAGAAUCAGAUCAGAUUUAAUAUCUUUCAUACUGAUUCAUUCAGUGAUGAAUGUUGAACAUUAUCAGUGUUUCUAAGAAAGAUUCUGGAUUAAAUACAAAUUUUUAUAAACUCUGAGUUUACUGUAGUUUGAGUUUACUGUUUGCUGUAGUCUGAAUGGGCGGGGCUAAACUGCUGUAGUCUGAAUGGCGGGGGCUAGACUGCUGUAGCUGAAUGGGCAGGGCUAAUUGGUUUAGAAUGAAUGGAUAAAUAUAUGUAAAUAUAUUGUUUUUUUCACCAAAGUGUCAGCCCUGACGCUGUCAGUCUGCCUGCCUUGGACUCUGUUACCUCCAUGGACUCCAAUUCCCAGCAUGCUCUGCCUAUGGACUAUGUUGCUGCUGUUAUUGUUGUUUCUGACCCUGCCUGUCCCUUACUAUUCUCUUGUAUUGCCCUAUUAUAUUAAAACUUGUAAGAUCCA